AUACACCGGCAGAAUGCAAAGCUAUUUCCUUUUUAGCAAACAAACACCCACAGCCCUCUCUAAUUCUCUAUUCGCAUAGAAUAUAAAUUAGACAAUAAACCCCAAAACCCAAGUCACCUCCUUUUCUCUCUUCUCCUCCUCCAAAUUCUCUCUACUUGUCCGAAUUCUUUUUAUCCCUACUACGAAACUAGCAACUUUAGAAGAUUCCCGUGAUUAUAUCUAUCAAUCAAAACUAGAACAGACGUUAAGGAAUCUGUAGGGAUGGCCGCUAGUACGUCGUGGCAGCCACAGGAGGAAGGUUUGAGGGAGAUCUGUGGGUUGCUGGAGCAGCAGAUUUCUCCUUCCACUGCUGACAAGGCCCAGAUUUGGCAGCAGCUUCAGCACUAUUCUCAGUUCCCCGAUUUCAACAACUAUCUCGCUUUCAUUCUUGCUCGAGGAGAGGGUAAAACAGUGGAGAUUCGACAAGCUGCUGGUCUGCUGCUGAAAAAUAACCUGAGAAGUGCAUAUAAACUAAUGGCUCCCACAAAUCAGCAAUAUAUAAAAUCAGAGUUGUUACCUUGUUUAGGGUCUGCAGAUAGGCAUAUUCGGUCAACAGUUGGAACCAUUAUAAGUGUUGUUGUUCAGCUAGGGGGAGUGUUGGGCUGGCCUGAGCUUUUGCAAGCUCUUGUAAAUUGUUUGGACAGUAAUGACCUAAAUCACAUGGAAGGCGCAAUGGAUGCCUUGUCCAAGAUUUGUGAGGAUAUCCCCCAAGUACUAGAUUUGGAUGUGCCAGGGCUAGCUGAACGUCCCAUCAAUAUUUUCCUUCCUCGAUUGUUGCAGCUUUUCCAGUCACCACAUGCCUCUCUAAGAAAGCUUUCCUUGGGUUCUGUAAAUCAAUAUAUUAUGCCGAUGCCUGGUGCUUUAUAUGUUUCCAUGGAUGAGUACCUUCAAGGUUUGUUUGUUCUGGCAAAUGAUCCUGCUCCAGAAGUCCGGAAAUUGGUCUGUGCAGCAUUUGUGCAGCUAAUUGAAGUUCGUCCAUCUUUCCUGGAGCCACACCUGAGGAAUGUAAUUGAAUAUAUAUUGCAAGUCAACAAGGACGCUGAUGAAGAAGUGGCCCUUGAAGCCUGUGAAUUCUGCCUACCUCGUUUAAUUCCAGUUUUGCUGUCAAACAUGGCUUACGCUGACGAUGAUGAAUCGCUCGUUGAUGCUGAGGAAGAUGAAUCUCUGCCAGACCGUGAUCAGGAUCUGAAACCUCGGUUCCAUUCAUCGCGGUUUCAUGGGUCAGAUAAUGUGGAAGAUGAUGAUGACGACACAGUUAAUGUUUGGAACUUGCGGAAAUGUAGUGCAGCAGCUCUUGAUUAUUUAUCAAAUGUGUUUGGUGAUGAAAUCCUUCCGACAAUGAUGCCUAUUGUCCAGGCACAGUUAUCAAAUAGUGGUGAUGCAACUUGGAAAGAAAGGGAAGCUGCUGUUUUGGUUCUUGGUGCAGUGGCUCAAGGUUGCAUUAAUGGUCUUUAUCCUCAUUUGUCUGAGAUUGUACAAUUUCUUAUUCCUCUAUUGGAUGAUAAGUUCCCACUCAUACGGAGCAUCUCCUGUUGGACAAUUUCUCGAUUCAGCAAGUAUAUAGUCCAGGAUAAUGGCCAUCAAAAAGGUUAUGAGCAAUUUGACAAGGUUCUUAUGGGUCUUUUACGAAGAAUCCUGGAUACGAACAAGAGGGUGCAGGAGGCUGCUUGUUCGGCUUUUGCAACAUUUGAAGAGGAGGCUGCAGAAGAGUUGGCACCACACUUGGAAAUUAUUUUACAGCACCUUAUGUGUGCGUUUGGAAAAUACCAGCUCCUGUUGCAGGUUGAUCCUACUUCGGCUGGGGUUCCAUAUGACAAGGAGUUCAUUGUGUGCUCUCUUGAUUUGCUGUCUGGACUUGCAGAGGGUCUGCGCAGUGGGAUAGAGAGUUUGGUAUUCCUCUUUCUCCAAAUUUUUUCAAUAGGAAUAGGAAGACUAUGAAAUUAUUCGGUUUCCUACCUUUUUGUUUUAGUCUGUAUGAAAUUAUUCGUUUUCCUACCUUUUUGUUUUAGUCUCUUUCUUAUCUUGAAGUCCUUCCUUCCUAUGGAAGAAGUUUUCCUUCACUACUUUUUUUGAUAAUUAUAUCCACUUAGUUAACUGCUUUGCUUUGUUCAAUGAGAUUCUGGAUCACACAUGAGAAAAAAGCAGAAAUCAGUUGUAUGGUCUAGACCUUGAUAGAAUUUACAUUGAGCUUUUGGGUCAUAGAAAUUUGGUAUGAGAAUUUGUGGUGGUCUAUGUGCUAGAAGUCUUAAGAGCCUCUUUGGACCAAAACUUUAACAACUUGCCUGCAAGGUUACCAUGGCAUCAAAUUCCUAGGAGUCCUUAUAGGUCACAUAGGUGAUGAGACUGCUGAGUAGCAGGAGGAAGGUUGAGAAAGAAAAUGGAGGCUUUCCUUGGGGAUGAUCAGUCUGUACCAGAGAUGUAGCUAUAAAGCCUCAAACGGUGGCUUUCUCGGUCAGAUCCAACUGACCUCUCUAACAGUUUGCAUGUUUCACAAAGGAGAAAGGGUUUUUUUUUUUCCUUUGAGUGGGCUGUCUACCUGUUGAAAGGACUUCUAAAGCAAUCUUUUGUGUAAUCAAUAGGUUGGCUUGACUUUACCGAAGAAGAUUGACUGUCCCCCUACGCCACAACUUCACAACUAAUACACCACUACCACUCCACAAGUGAAUAAGUUUAGUUACUUGGCCGGAACUCUCUUUGAUAUAAAUCACCUUUCUAAAGAAGUAGCGAAUAUCAUAAGAGAAGAAAGGUUCCUUAGAUACGGCGGGUUUUUGUUUGCAUAUCCCUUCUUGCUACUUGAAUAUAUUUAUUCCAUUUUCCUUUUAAGUUCUAUGUAACCUAUGACUCACGGUGUUCUGCGACGACCAGAAAGUCUAUGCUUCAAUAAUUAAUUGGUUCCAAACCUUAUAUAAUUUUGUUGGGGAAUCAUCCUCUCCGUGAUGGAGAAUUGAGCUCAGAUAUUUCAUCAAAUUAGUUGGUUAAAGGCCACCUGUACAUGGGUGGCACCUCCUGGGUGCCUUUUGAAAAAUGCUUUUUUUUUUCAAUAAAAGAAGUUUAUGCUUCAAUAAUCAUCCACUUAUAGG